AUGACGCCCGAUGCCGUUCGUCCCCGGGACAAUUCCAUCGAACUCACGGCAGACUUAGAUCUUCUCGCCGGGCUAUGGCAAGAAGCGCCAUUUGCACGUCUGCCUUCCGACGCGCCCCCUGACCUCAAGGCCUAUGUUCAGAACGUUGAGAAUCCAGCGCGAGUCUAUGCGAUCCACCAAGCGAGUCGCCGCCAUGGUUUCCAGCUUCUCGUGGAGAGGCGCCGCUUGGCAGGCCGGGCGCCCAUCCGAAGAUAUAACACGACAAGUGCCAGGACAUUGGCCAUAUAUUUAGCAAGUCAGGACGAUCCGGAGAAAGGAUUAUGUCCGUUCCUCCGUAAAUCUCGCGAACCGCCGGCGGCUUUUGGCAACCUAAUAUUCUCCACGCGUUCAUCCUCGUCUUCGCAUCCGGACCAUAACAGAGCCAGCGUUGCCACCUCGCCAAGUGCACGCAAGGAACGGAUCUCUAGACCACGAGCACUCUUGUCAUCAUCCCAAGAUGCCCUUGCUUCCCCAACGGACGACUCAAGCGACCCGAUCUCUCCGAUCCAAAACGCAGGUAGGCCAGCCGCAGCAUGCACACCAAAUUCGAAAGAUCACGACUUGGUCCCUCAGAUCCGUGUAAUCGAGGCGCCCAUGAGUAAAGAUCACCGCUCAUUCGCCGCGAAUCUCUUUGGGACUGUCACUUUUAAGAUGCUCGAAUGGUUGACACCGCGAAGUGUCGCUGCAAUGGUAACAAAAAUCAAUAAUCUCGAUUCAGCGGUGGAUUUGGACCAUACCGAAGAUCCAGCGAGCUCAGCCAGAACUACUGCAGGCUCGGAUAUUCAGAGUACUGCCCCUGACGAGUCAGAUACAACAGCUUCGACGACCGUAGCUGUACAACCACAUGCAACUGAUAAGAAUGAGGCUUCAUUCAUGCCAAAACCGCCAAAACCCAGCAAUGGGUCACUAUCAAAGCCACGAAAGAAUUCUGCGCCAAAGCACAGGCGACGGUCUACUGACUCGAACAAUGCCGCCAAGCCCGGGGACAAAGUAAAAUCAACUCAACCAUCUCAGGUAAACGGCAUCUUGCACGAAAAAUCUGUACGACCUAGACACAAUAAGAGUUUGUCCGGACGGGGCAUCCCAGAAAUGCCUUUGAAACCAGGCUUUUUCGAAAAUAUUACAAAACCUUCGGCGCAGCCCCUUUCGCCCACAAGUCCACCAACUUUGGCACAUGUCGAGCCUUUUGGUGAAAUCAGGUCCAAAGACGAUGCAAAUUGUGGCCAUCCCAGAAUUAAUCAUUCUCAACAGACGAGAAACCUUGACACGGCACUACCGGGCAUCUCAUCCCACAGUCUGGAAAACAUCCUGCCUCAAGCUCUGUCACAGCUCGAUGUCAAUCUCGUUGACUUCAUUUGUGAUAUUUACGAAGAAGAUGGAACAGCACAGUCUGUUAUAGUCUCUGCCUCCGACGCAACUCAUCCAUACCCACGACCCGUGAACCAGCGGAAGCCUCUACGACGCCGAUCUAUGUCGCGCACGACUAGGUCUAGAAAACAGUGGCAGCGGUUUAAUGAUCAGACGCUUUUCAACGUUCUCAUGGAUCCGCAAGUCAUUGUUCAAUCAUUCACUCACGAUAGAAAACUCUACGAUUCUCAGACACUCUGUCUCUGGCUGGCUGCCGGGCGUUUGUUUGUUCCUCCUCAAGAUUCGAGGUCACAUAAUUCCAUCAAGGACAGUGACUCAAGAUCACAGAAGCACAAGGGGUCUUUAUCCAAUGUUGACGCCGGUUAUCUGAUGUCGAUCUGCAUGCAUGCAUUGGUAGCGGCAGCUCCAGCUGUUCAAGAUUCGAGAACACUAUAUGAGAUGUCACGCGUCCGCUCCAAUGGGUUGACCCUUGCCGGCCGGAGCGCCAUGGCUCGGCAAUCUUCGUCUCGAUGUCUAGAUUAUGAUGAUGCAUUCUCAAACGACUUGGCUAUCAGACUUGCGCGUAGGCUAUUUUGCGCCAUCACAGCCAGACGGCACUUUUCUAACGAGAUGGACAACGCUGGCCCCUUAAAUGAGACCGAAAACAACAAUGUUGAUAUUUUGCAACCUUUAGUUGACCAGCUCGAUUUUCUCAGUACAGGCUCAGCGACGAUUCUGGAAUUCCCACAAUCAGAGCGUCUUUUGCAUGAGACUCGUGUGCCUACUGUUCUUCUAGAUUGGGCACGCACCAUAUUACUCAACGAAUGGGACGGUCGAGCCGAUUUUACCAUGGACGGGCCAUUUGGGGGAGCUUUAUCGUUCAUCCAGACCCUACAUGCUAACCGAAAUCUUCUCCUUCUUGGGGAUAUCCAAUUUCGGGUCGAUUAUCUUUCAGAGCGCUUAGAUUCGAUCGAGAUGCCUGUGGACUGGUUAACGUUCAAGUCGACACGCUGGCGACGACAUAUUCUAGAUUACCCUUACAUCUUCAGCCCCGACACGCUUGUUUCUUUCUUUCGCUCCAUCAAUUUUGCCCGAAUGAGUCGUAUGUUCGAAGAGUCGAGUUCAUUAAAAACUCGCAUGAGUGCUAUUGUCGAUCCCGGUAGUCUCAUUACUAAUCCCCACCACAAGAUGGUUUUACAAGAUCUCUUGAGAACAGCUUCAUCGAAAUACCUAGUUCUCGAAAUCGGCAGGAGUAAUGUCGCCCGAGAUGCCUUCGACCAGCUUUGGAGACGAGAGAAACGGGAGCUUCUUCGCCCGCUAAAGGUGCACUUGGGUGAGAAUAGUGGCGAGGAGGGCUUUGAUUCUGGAGGUGUCCAACAAGAGUUUUUCCGAUUGGCAAUUGCGGAGUGCCUCGAUCCCCAAUAUGGUGCUUUCACUGUUGACGAACGGACACGCAUGGCCUGGUUCACCCCUGGGUCAUUGACUGAAGAUUGGAAGUACGAACUAGUGGGGCUUUUGAUGUCACUCGCCUUGUACAAUGGCCUGACGCUGCCCAUCACUUUUCCAAAGGCCCUUUACCGGAAACUGCUGGGCAAACCGGUUGAAGAGCUUCACCACAUUGCCGAUGGUUGGCCAGAUUUGGCAAACGGGCUGACAACAUUACUGGAGUGGGACGAAAAGGAUGGGCUCGUUGAGGACAUUUUUGCCCGCACGUACGAAUUUUCAGUUGAAUCGCUCGGUACCGUUGUGACACGAGAUAUGAGGAUGGGCGAACAAAUGGGCUGGCCCAAGGCAGCGUCAAGCUUGUGUGAUAUUGCACCGCCACAUAUGGGUAACCCAGAUGACGCUCCCCUUGUUACCAACGAAAAUCGGGACGACUAUAUCAUCGAUUACAUCCGUCACCUCACAGAUAUUUCCAUUCGACGGCAGUAUCUUGCUUUCGAGCAAGGGUUCAACUCUUGCCUCGAUAGAAAGUCACUCUCGCUCCUCAGUCCAUCCACCUUGCAGUCACUCGUUGAGGGUGUUCAAGAAAUUGACAUCAUCGAAUUGAAGCGGUACGCGCGCUACGUGGGCUGGGAUGCUUCGCAUCGUACCAUUAAAGACUUCUGGUCCAUCGUGAAGAGGUACGACGAGAGAAUGAAACAACGCCUUCUGGAAUUUGUGACAUCGUCCGACCGUGUUCCUGUCGGCGGCAUGAAGAAUCUACAAUUUGUAAUACAAAAGAAUGGUGAAGAAGAUGGCGCGAGUGGACAUUUACCAACAGCAUAUACCUGUUAUGGCACACUCCUUCUGCCAGAGUAUAGAGAUAAAGAGGUGUUAAGAGAGCGGCUUGGGAUGGCACUUGAGAAUGCUCAAGGAUUUGGCUUUGCUUGA